AUGAGUACCGUCCUCACUGGUCGUGUGGCCAGAGCUACCAAUCGCUCCUAUGGUACCACCGAUUCGCCAUCUCCAGAAACAUCCCCAGAUGGCAAUCGCAUAACGGACAAAAAUCCAGCGACGCUCAGCACCACUUCGCUUUCUUCCGAUCUCGCCCCAUUGGCUGAUCCCAGGGGCGAGCAACGGUUCUGGCUCACCAGACUAUUCAAGAAGAAACAGGGCGGCGGCGACAUCCCCAGCUUCGAUCUCGACUCCAUCGCAACGCAGCCAUCGGUCUUUGACUCUCCAGAGACAGCAAAGGAUUAUCAACCACGAGCGGAUUGGGAAAAUAUACAUCGUUUUGACCCUUCGUUUCGGUGGACAUGGCGCGAAGAGUACGCACUGAUCCGGAAGAUUGACGUCAGGAUCCUGGUUUUCACCUGCAUCAUGUUCAUGGCGCUGGAGCUGGACCGGGCAAAUAUACAGCAGGCGUUGACGGAUAACUUCCUCGGUGACUUAAAUAUGACAACAAAUGAUUACAAUCUAGGAAAUACCGUAUUCAAACUUGCCUUCCUAUGCGCCGAGCUCCCUUCGCAGUUGGUGAGCAAAUGGGUUGGUCCGGAUAGAUGGAUUCCAGCACAGAUGGUAUUGUGGUCUAUUGUUGCUUGUGGGCAGUACUGGCUGAAUGGGCGCACGGCGUUUUUGACGUGCAGAGCUCUGUUAGCUAUCUUGCAGGGCGGCUUUAUUCCAGAUAUCAUUUUGUAUCUCUCGUACUUCUACAAGCACCACGAACUCUCUAUCCGACUGAGUUUCUUCUGGACAGCCAUGUCGAUUGCAGAUAUCUUGGCCAGUUUUCUCGCCUUUGGCCUGCUGCAUAUGCGUGGCGUGCUAGGGCAGUCUGGGUGGAGAUGGCUGUUCCUGAUUGAGGGUCUCAUCACACUCGUCGUCGGUAUCCUAGCUUCUGGCCUCAUGCCAGCCGCCCCGACGAAAACAGCAAGUUGGUUUCGGGGGAAAAAUGGCUGGUUCAACGAGCGCGAAGAAAAAAUCAUGGUCAACCGAUGUAUCCGUGAAGACCCCUCCAAGUCCUCCAUGCACAACCGCGAACCCAUCACGCCAAAACUACUACUUAAAUCUCUGGCUGACUAUGACCUUUGGCCGCUGUACAUCAUCGGAGUGGCUUUCCAAAUCCCUAUGAGCACACCGAGCAAUUACCUCACUCUUUCACUCAAGGGGAUUGGAUUCAAUACCUUCCAGACAAAUCUACUCACUAUUCCGAAUAGCGUGUUGCACAUCAUUCUGAUGCUCAUUCUCACUUAUGCGAGUGAGAUAACCGGUCAAUUGACUCUGACGGCGAUGAUUGGUCAGAUCUGGGCCCUGCCAUUUGUGGUGUAUUUGUAUGCAGUCGAUAUAAACAGUGUUAACAAAUGGUUGGCAUGGGUGAUAAUGAUGCUAUUGCUCAGCUACCCUAACGCCCAUCCCAUCCAGGUAGGCUGGAACUCACGCAACUCCAACACCGUGCGAUCGCGCACCGUCUCCGCCGCCGCAUACAACAUGUGCGUACAAGCAGGCGGUAUAAUCGCGUCAAAUAUCUACCGAGCCGAUGACGCACCUCGAUACAAGCGCGGCAAUCGCGUGCUUGUGAUUCUUUGCAGUGUCAAUAUUCUCAUCUACCUACUCACAAAGGCGUACUAUGUGUGGCGGAACAGCUCGCGGGAUAAGAAGUGGAAUGGUUUGAGUGAACAAGAGAAACAUAUCUACCUAGAGACGACGACAGAUGAGGGCAGUAAACGGCUGGAUUUUAGAUUUGCGCACUAG